ACAAACAGAAGGGAGCAGUCCUAUUUUGAGCCUAAAAUAAUGCGCUAGUUUCUGUUUUUGUUAUUUUUUGACUCUUAAAAGCUGAAAGAUGUCAACCCCAAUUGAUCCAUCAGUUGGAAUGUCUCAUCCUGGUCUCUCCCCUGGUGCUGGCCUCUCUCCGGGGCCCAUCUUAGGCCCUAGUCCUGGGCCUGGCCCUUCUCCUGGCCCAAGCCCAGGACCCCCCAGCGUGCCACAUGGAAUUCAGAGUCAGGGGUCAGGAGACUACCCUCAGGAGAGCAUGCAUCCUAUGCAUAAGCCUAUGGAGGGAAUGCAUGAGAAAAGCAUGGGAGAGGACAUGCACUAUGGCCAAAUGAAAUCUCUGGCUAUGAGACCGCACAGUGGCAUGGGUCCCCCGCAGAGUCCAAUGGAUCAGCACAGUCAAGGUUACAUGUCACCGCAUCCUUCUCCAAUGGGACCUGUUCCUGAACACGUUUCCAGCCCCAUGUCAGGAAGUGGUCCAACCCCACCCCAGAUGUCCCAGGCUCAGACAAGUCCCAUGAUGUCGAUGGAUCCUCAGGCGAUGGGGCAACAGGGUCGUGGUCACUCUGCCUUUAGCCCAAUCCAGCUACAGCAGCUCCGUGCUCAGAUCCUUGCAUACAAGAUCCUGGGACGUGGACAGCCUCUUCCAGAGAACCUGCAGCUGGCUGUCCAGGGCAAGAGAAGCCUUCCUACGAUGCAGCAGCAGCCUGUUAACACCGGCCCUUACAGCAGGCCUGCAGGUAUGUCGAUGCCCCAUGGAAGUCCUACAGCUGGCCCAUGUCCCACACCCACCAUGCAGAUACACGCUCCAAGCUCAGCGCCGAAACCAUGGGCAGAGGGUCAAGGUGGUGAGGUUCCCAGCGGUACCCAGAAGCUCCCUGUACCAGCCCCUAGUGGCAGGCCUUCCCCUGCUCCUGUUCAGGCUCCCACUGCAGCCCAGGCCAUCCCAAGUACCUCUCUAACAUUGCAGUCAUUGCCUCAACCCCAACAGUCUCAGCAACAGCAGGGCCCCGGGCAGCCUUCACUUAUUUUUCAGAUGCAGCAAAAACAAAACCGCAUAACACCGAUCCAGAAACCGCAAGGUCUGGACCCAGUGGAGCUUCUACAGGAACGAGAGUACAGGUUGCAAGCCAGGGUCGCUCAUAGAAUUCAAGAGCUGGAGAAUUUGCCUGGUUCUUUACCUCAUGAUCUAAGAACCAAAGCAACAGUGGAACUGAAAGCUUUGAGAUUACUUAACUUUCAGCGCCAGUUACGCCAGGAUGUGGUAGCAUGUAUGCGCAGAGACACCAGUUUGGAGACUGCGCUGAACUCCAAGGCCUAUAAGCGCAGUAAGAGGCAGACACUGAGAGAGGCUCGCAUGACUGAGAAACUGGAGAAACAGCAGAAGAUCGAGCAGGAGAGAAAGCGCAGACAGAAACAUCAGGAAUACCUUAACAGCAUUCUCCAACAUGCUAAGGACUUCAAGGAAUACCACAGAUCUAUCUCUGGAAAGAUUCAGAAACUGUCCAAGGCAGUGGCCACCUGGCAUACCAACACGGAGAGGGAGCAGAAGAAGGAAACUGAGAGAAUUGAGAAAGAGAGAAUGAGGAGACUGAUGGCUGAGGAUGAGGAGGGCUACAGAAAGCUGAUUGACCAGAAGAAGGAUAAGCGUCUAGCCUACCUGCUUCAGCAGACUGAUGAGUAUGUGGCCAACCUCACUACCUUAGUGUACGAGCACAAGGCUGCCCAGGCAGCCAAAGAGAAAAAGAAAAAGAGAAAGAAGAAAAAGAAGGAGGAUGGAGAAAAUGAGGGGAUUGCUGCAAUUGGACCUGAUGGCGAGCCUAUCGAUGAAAGCAGUCAGAUGAGUGAACUUCCAGUCAAAGUCAUUCAGACAGAGACCGGGAAAGUGCUACAGGGCACAGAUGCCCCCAAGUCCAGCCAGCUGGAGGCCUGGCUUGAAAUGAACCCUGGUUAUGAAGUGGCCCCAAGAUCAGACAGUGAAGAAAGUGGUUCAGAUUUUGAAGAAGAGGAUGAAGAUGAGGGCACCCGGGCUGAAUCAGAGGAAAAGAAAAUUACAGAUCCCAACAGUGAUGAAGUGUGUGAAAAAGCCGCCAAACACAUCAUAGAGUCUGCCAAACAGGAUGUGGAUGAUGAGUACAGCGUUCCGACAGGAGAGACCAGUUCACAGUCCUACUAUGGUGUAGCGCAUGCAGUCAUUGAGAGAGUAGAAAAGCAGUCACCUUUGCUGGUGAACGGCUUACUAAAACAUUACCAGAUCCAGGGACUGGAAUGGAUGGUAUCCCUGUACAACAACAACCUUAAUGGCAUCCUAGCGGACGAGAUGGGGCUAGGGAAGACCAUCCAGACCAUCGCCCUCAUCACAUAUCUCAUGGAAAACAAAAGGCUUAAUGGUCCAUAUCUGAUUAUUGUGCCACUGUCAACAUUGUCCAACUGGGUCUAUGAACUUGACAAGUGGGCUCCAUCUAUUGUGAAAAUUUCUUACAAGGGCACACCCUCUUUGCGGAGGUCACUGGUGCCACAGCUUCGCAGUGGAAAAUUCAACGUGCUCAUCACCACAUACGAGUACAUCAUCAAGGACAAGCACAUUCUAGCCAAGAUUCGUUGGAAGUACAUGAUUGUGGAUGAAGGCCAUCGCAUGAAGAACCACCACUGCAAGCUCACCCAGGUGUUAAACACACAUUAUGUGGCCCCACGCAGGCUUCUUCUCACCGGAACACCUUUACAAAACAAACUGCCCGAGCUCUGGGCUCUGCUCAACUUUCUCCUGCCCACUAUCUUCAAGAGCUGCAGCACCUUUGAGCAGUGGUUUAACGCUCCAUUCGCCAUGACUGGAGAAAGGGUGGAUCUGAACGAAGAGGAAACCAUUCUGAUCAUCCGCAGACUUCACAAAGUGCUCCGCCCUUUCUUGCUGCGUAGACUGAAAAAGGAAGUGGAGUCUCAGUUGCCAGAGAAGGUGGAGUACGUGAUCAAAUGUGACAUGUCUGCCAUCCAGAAAGUUCUCUACAGGCACAUGCAAGCCAAAGGAAUCCUGCUUACCGAUGGCUCAGAGAAAGACAAGAAGGGUAAAGGAGGAGCGAAGACCCUGAUGAACACCAUCAUGCAGCUGAAGAAGAUUUGCAACCACCCUUACAUGUUUCAGCACAUUGAGGAAUCUUUUGCUGAGCAUUUAGGCUACCCAAAUGGCAUCAUCACCGGCCAUGAGCUGUAUCGAGCUUCAGGAAAAUUUGAGCUGUUGGAUAGGAUCCUGCCUAAGCUUCAGGCCACCAGUCAUCGUGUUCUGCUUUUCUGUCAGAUGACAUCUUUAAUGACUAUCAUGGAAGAUUACUUCUCCUACCGGAACUUCCUGUACCUACGGCUAGAUGGGACAACAAAGGCUGAUGACCGUGCCACUCUGCUGAAGAAGUUUAAUGAGGAAGGCUCGCAGUAUUUCAUCUUCCUGCUGAGCACCAGAGCAGGGGGCCUGGGUCUCAAUCUGCAAGCUGCCGACACUGUUGUUAUUUUCGACAGCGACUGGAAUCCCCAUCAGGAUUUACAGGCUCAGGAUCGUGCUCACCGAAUCGGACAGCAGAACGAGGUGCGUGUUCUGCGUCUCUGCACCGUCAAUAGUGUGGAGGAGAAGAUCCUUGCUGCUGCCAAAUACAAACUUAAUGUUGAUCAGAAGGUCAUCCAGGCAGGAAUGUUUGACCAGAAGUCUUCUGGCCAUGAGCGCCGGGUUUUUCUGCAGGCCAUCCUGGAACAUGAGGAGCAGAAUGAGGAGGAAGAUGAAGUUCCAGACGAUGAAACGCUAAAUCAAAUGAUUGCCCGCCAGGAGGAGGAAUUUGAACUUUUCAUGCGCAUGGACUUGGAUAGGCGUAGAGAGGACGCACGAAACCCCAAACGCAAACCUCGUCUGCUGGAGGAGGAUGAGCUGCCAUCCUGGAUCAUUAAAGAUGAUGCCGAAGUGGAGCGGCUCACUUGUGAGGACGAGAAGGAGAAGAUGUUUCCACGUGGGUCACGCCUCCGCAGAGAUGUCGAUUACAGCGACGCCUUGACAGAAAAACAAUGGCUGCGAGCUGUUGAAGAUGGCAACCUGGAGGAGAUUGAAGAAGAAAUACGAUUGAAAAAACGCAAGCGAAGGAGACACACAGACAAAAGUCGACACGACGAUGGGGAUAAGGCCAAGAAGAAAAGAGGACGUCCUCCAGCUGAGAAGCUCUCUCCUAAUCCUCCCAAACUCACCAAACAGAUGAACGCUAUAAUUGAUACAGUCAUUAAUUACAAAGACGGAUCAGGUCGCCAACUGAGCGAGGUGUUUGUACAGCUGCCCUCCAGAAAAGAACUGCCAGAGUACUAUGAACUGAUAAGGAAACCAGUGGAUUUCAAGAAAAUCAAGGAAAGAGUGCGCAACCAUAAAUACAGGAGCCUGGGUGAUUUAGAAAAAGACGUAAUGCUCCUUUGUUACAAUGCUCAAACCUUCAACCUGGAGGGAUCACAGAUCUAUGAGGACUCUAUUGUACUGCAGUCUGUGUUUAGGAGUGCCAGGCAGAAAAUUGCCAAAGAGGAGAGUGAGGACGAGAGCAAUGAUGAUGACGAUGAUGAUGAGGAGUCAGAGCCUGAGUCAAAGUCAGUGAAAGUAAAGAUUAAGCUGGGUAAACAUGAUGAACGUGGCCAAGACAGAAACAGAAAGCGCCCCAUCCGGGCCAAAGCCAAGCCUGUAGUCAGUGACGACGACAGCGAUGAGGAGCAGGAGGAGAACGGGCAGUCCGAGGGCAGCCACACUGAUGACGAGUGAUCAAGGGCUGAUCUCUUCUGGAGGUUUUUUUCAUCCUUUGCCAGCAUUUCUUCCCUUCCCACCUGAUGAGGCGAGUUGUCUUCAGUGGGUGAAGAAAAAGUUUUUCAUCAUGGCUUCUUCUCGGACCAUUUGGCUAAUGCAGAAGAUACACACAUUUUUGUGCAGAUAGCUGUUUCAUUCAUCUGUCAGCGUGGCUUCACUACACACAGCGUGUUGACUGAACCAGUGAUGCGUGCUUGUAGGCAUUUACCAUUAUGCAAUAUUUUACAUUAUUCAUCGGCACAGAAGUCCACAUUUUAUCAUAGGCAACAAUGUAUGCUUGGGUUAAGAGAAGAAAAAUUAUGCUCAAGCUCGUUAUUCAUGAAUACAGGAUGAAAUAUUUUUACUUUUCGUAACACAGAUGAACAAAACAUUAGAUCUAUAUUGAUAUACUCCCCACUUAAUCCCCUGAGGAGAGACAAAUAAUGUGAAAUGCAAAAAAAAACAGUAUUCAUUCCCUCUAAACGGUAUUUGUCUCUGAUUAGACACAUCCAAACUUGACAUUUUCAGACCAGUUUAAAAAAAUGGGAGAACGUCGAGCGAGUUAAUCAAACUCACUAACUCAUUUUCUAAUUUUCUUGACAAAUCCCAUUAUUAUGGUAGUGACUGUCCACAAAUCAGAAUAAAGUCCCAAGAGUUGAUAAAACUAGUCAAGUGUCUAAUCAUAGUGAAGCACAGAUGGAAAGAAAAAUACAACUGGGCAGCAGGAUAACCACUAAGCCACCACUACCAACAUGAGUGAGCAUAUUGAAAGACAGAUUAACUCAUGAGUUAAUGAGUCAAAACAUGAGUUAUUUCCAGGCCAGGGUGUUUGCAGUGAAGAAUAAAAUUUGCUAAAUGUUUGCUAAACUCCAAUAAAUGUUGCUAUGCAUUGUGUUAAUAAAUACAGUUCAUACUGUAAAAUGUGGUCGUAGCAUCAUGCUAUUAUGUAUGGUCAGGAUUGAUUGGAAAAUACACUGAUCAGCCAUAACAUUAAAACCACCUCCUUGUUUCUACACUCACUGUCCAUUUUAUCAGCUUCACUUACCAUAUAGAAGCACUUUGUAGUUCUUCACAUACUAUUUUAGCCUGCUCUCACCUUGUUCUUCAGUGGUCAGGACCACCACAGAGCAGGUAUUAUUUAGGUGGUGGGUCAUUCUCAGCACUGCAGUGACAUUGACAUGGUGGUGGUGUGUUAGUGUGUGUUGUGCUGAUAUGAGUGGAUCAGACACAACAGUGCUGCUGGAGUUUUUAAAUACACUGCUGGAGUUUUUAAAUACCGUGUCCACUCUCUGUCCACUCUAUUAAACACUCCUACCUAGUUGGUCCACCUUGUAGAUGUAAAGUCAGAGACGAUCUCUCAUCUAUUGCUGCUGUUUGAGCUGGUCAUCUUCUAGACCUUCAUCAGUGGUCACAGGACGCUGCCCACAGGGCACUGUUGGCUGGAUGUUUCUGGUUGGUGGACUAUUCACAGUCCAGCAGUGACAGUGAGGUGUUUAAAAACUCCAUCAGCGCUCAUACCAGCACAACACACACUAACACACCACCACCAUGUCACUGCAGUGCUGAGAAUGACCCACCACCCAAAUAAUACCUGCUCUGUAGUGGUCCUGGGAGAGUCCUGACCCUUGAAGAACAGCAUGAAAGGGGGCUAACAAAGCAUGCAGAGAAACAGAUGGACUACAGUCAGUAAUUGUAGAACUACAAAGUGCUUCUAUAUGGUAAGUGGAGCUGAUAAAAUGGACAGUGAGUGUAGAGAUGGUUUAAAUGUUAUUGCUGAUCGGUGUAAAUAAUGUGCCAAAUUUAAUGAAUUUAGCAAAGAGGAAAGUGCUGAAUUAUUUUUGAUGAAUUCAGAAGAUUGGAGUAGCUACCAAAGCUGGUGUGACCAAGUUCUUAACAAAGGAAUGAAUACUUCCCAAUUAACUGUUAACAUUUAUUUUUUAUCAUUUCAUCUUUACUUAGAAAAGAGGGUCAAACAAAUGAAGGACAUUUUUGGUAGAUUUCAUUUUUUUAACACACUGUACUUUAAACAGGACAAUCAGGAGAAUUUUUAAACAUGAAUAGAAUAUGAUAUCAAUUAGGCCCACUGAUGCACUAAAUGGUCAAACGUAUGUGGACAUCUCUUCUUAUAGAGGAGAAUUAAAAUCCCUUCACUUUUGUGGUAACAGUCUGGAGUUGGUCUUUUCAUCUUUCAGCAUGGCUGUGCCCCAUUACACAAAGUGAGGUCCAUAAAGACUUGAUUUGAUGAGUUUGGUCUUUAGUUCCAGUGGAGCUCUUCUGAGCCCUGACCUCCAUCCUAUGAAACACAUUUGGUAUGAAUUGAAACAUUGAUACCAAGACAGACCUUUUUGUCCAGCAUCAGUGCCUGACCGCACUCACAUGGUGUUGACAGAAUCUCACAACACUGCAAGAUUUUGUGAAAAGCCAGGUAUCCACAUACAUUUGGCCACAUAGUGUAGAUUACUAGGUCAUGUAAAGUUCUUAUGAGGGUGUCUGGUACAGCUUGCCUUUAAUAUUAACCCCCACAGUAAAGAAUAAAUAUAUAUAUAUAUAUUAUUCCCUACUCACCUUCCGUACUUGUGCUUUUGUAUAGUGGCACAUAUUGAAUGCUUUGAUUUUUACUCUUUUUUUGCUUGCUUGCUCGUAAGCUGACGUUAAUCAGUAUUAGUGUGUGUUUCCUCUCUUCAGGUUUGUCCACUUAUUCCAGUUUAACUUUAAAAUCUCUUUUUUAAAUGUUUGCUCUGUGCUUGUCACUUUUCCUGACACGUUUUAAUCAUUGCUUUCUUUGCACAAUACCUUUGUGGUUGUAUCUUAUAGCCCAAAGCAAAUAAAUGUCAACAUUUUAAAA